AUGGAAAGUCUAAUUCCUUCACCAGAUCCACCAAACUCUCCACAACAAAUCUCAGCCGUCCAUCUCAUCUCCCGCUUUUAUCUAUUUAACAUCACUCGCUACCUUUCGUUUCUCCUCGCACACUUCCACACUCCACCUCCCUCUCUCACAUUCUCACAGAUCGGAAAACAAGAAAUUCAAAUUUCCCUAGCAAUGGCGUUGCUUGUGGAGAAGACGUCUAGUGGCCGUGAAUACAAGGUCAAGGACAUGUCUCAGGCCGAUUUCGGUCGUCUCGAGAUCGAGCUCGCCGAGGUCGAAAUGCCCGGUCUCGUCUCCUGCGUCACCGAAUUCGGACCUUCGCAGCCAUUGAAAGGAGCUAGAAUCACCGGAUCUCUCCACAUGACGAUCCAAACCGCCGUCCUCAUCGAAACCCUAACCGCUCUCGGCGCGGAGGUCAGGUGGUGCUCCUGCAACAUCUUCUCCACCCAGGACCACGCCGCCGCCGCGAUCGCUCGCGAUUCCGCCGCCGUGUUCGCCUGGAAAGGCGAGACUCUUCAGGAGUACUGGUGGUGCACGGAGAGAGCUCUCGAUUGGGGUCCCGGAGGUGGUCCCGAUCUCAUCGUCGACGACGGUGGUGACGCCACGCUCUUGAUCCACGAGGGAGUUAAAGCCGAGGAGAUCUUCGAGAAGACCGGUCAAUUCCCAGAUCCGACUUCCACCGAUAAUCCCGAGUUUCAGAUCGUUUUGUCGAUCAUCAAAGACGGGCUUAAGGUUGAUCCCAAAAAGUACCACAAGAUGAAGGAGAGACUCGUCGGUGUCUCGGAGGAGACUACCACUGGUGUCAAGAGGCUUUACCAGAUGCAGGAGACUGGAGCUCUCUUGUUCCCUGCCAUUAACGUCAACGACUCCGUCACCAAGAGCAAGUUUGACAACUUGUAUGGAUGCCGUCACUCUCUCCCCGACGGACUCAUGAGAGCAACUGAUGUCAUGAUCGCCGGAAAGGUAGCUGUUAUCGCCGGUUACGGUGACGUGGGAAAGGGUUGUGCUGCGGCGAUGAAAACCGCCGGUGCGCGUGUGAUCGUGACUGAGAUCGACCCCAUCUGUGCUCUCCAGGCUCUCAUGGAAGGUCUCCAGGUGCUGACACUCGAGGACGUCGUCUCGGAAGCUGACAUCUUCGUCACCACAACUGGAAACAAAGACAUCAUCAUGGUCGACCACAUGAGGAAGAUGAAGAACAACGCCAUCGUCUGCAACAUCGGUCACUUCGACAACGAGAUCGACAUGCUCGGGCUCGAGACGUUCCCUGGUGUGAAACGCAUCACCAUCAAGCCGCAGACCGAUAGGUGGGUGUUCCCUGACACCAAGACGGGCAUCAUUGUGUUAGCCGAGGGACGUCUGAUGAACUUGGGAUGCGCCACUGGUCACCCGAGUUUCGUGAUGUCGUGCUCGUUCACUAACCAGGUGAUUGCGCAGCUUGAGCUGUGGAAUGAGAAGGCGAGUGGGAAGUAUGAGAAGAAGGUUUAUGUUUUGCCUAAGCAUUUGGAUGAGAAGGUCGCUGCGCUUCACUUGGGCAAGCUCGGUGCUAGACUCACUAAGCUCUCCAAGGACCAGUCUGAUUACGUCAGCAUACCCAUUGAAGGUCCUUACAAGCCUGUUCACUACAGGUACUGA